CGGCUGCCACACUGCGGCCGAGCCGGACUGCGGGGGUUGGGACGUCCGGGUGCGGGUCCGCCCGGAUAGACUCGCGAGCGCAGGCAGCGGGUGCGUGGUCGCCUGCCCGGCCUCCGCAGUCCCCGCCGACCGCGACCCUCCGGGCCGUCCCCGCCUCAGCUCGCCGCCAUGCUCCCCCGCCUGCCCGCGCUGCUCCCCGGCGUGGCGCUGCUGCUCGCCGCGGCCGGCCUCGCCGCCGCCUCCGACGUGCUGGAACUCACGGACGACAACUUCGAGAGCCGCGUCUCCGACACGGGCUCCGCGGGCCUCAUGCUCGUCGAGUUCUUCGCCCCCUGGUGUGGACACUGCAAGAGGCUUGCCCCUGAAUAUGAAGCUGCAGCUACCAGAUUAAAAGGCAUCGUUCCAUUAGCAAAGGUUGAUUGUACUGCCAACACAAAUACCUGCAAUAAAUAUGGAGUCAGUGGAUAUCCUACCCUGAAGAUAUUUAGAGAUGGUGAAGAAGCAGGGUCUUAUGAUGGGCCCAGGACUGCCGAUGGAAUUGUUAGCCACCUGAAGAAACAAGCAGGACCGGCUUCAGUUCCUCUCAAGACUGAGGAGGAAUUUGAGAAGUUCAUUAGUGACAAAGAUGCUUCUGUGGUGGGCUUCUUUAAGGAUUUAUUCAGUGAAGCUCACUCUGAGUUUCUAAAAGCAGCCAGCAACCUGAGAGAGAACUACCGGUUUGCACACACCAAUGUUGAGUCUCUGGUGAACAAGUAUGAUGAUAACGGAGAGGGUAUCACCUUGUUCCGUCCUGCACAUCUUACAAACAAGUUUGAGGACAAGAGUGUGGCAUAUGGAGAACAGAAAAUGACCAGCGGCAAGAUUAAAAAAUUUGUUCAGGAGCACGUUUUUGGUAUCUGCCCUCAUAUGACAGAAGACAACAAAGACUUGAUACAGGGAAAAGAUUUACUUAUGGCUUACUAUGAUGUGGACUAUGAAAAAAAUGCUAAAGGCUCCAACUACUGGAGAAAUAGAGUGAUGAUGAUAGCAAAGAAAUUCCUGGAUGCAGGAAAGAAGCUCAGCUUUGCUGUAGCUAGCCGCAAAACCUUUAGCCAUGAGCUUUCUGACUUUGGCUUGGAAAGUACUAGCGGAGAGAUUCCUGUUGUUGCUAUCCGAACUGCAAAAGGAGAGAAGUUUGUGAUGCAAGAGGAAUUCUCGCGUGAUGGCAAGGCUCUUGAGAGAUUCCUACAGGAUUACUUUGAUGGCAACCUGAAGAGAUACCUCAAGUCUGAGCCCAUUCCAGAGAGCAAUGACGGGCCUGUCAAGGUAGUGGUAGCAGAGAAUUUUGAUGAAAUUGUGAAUAAUGAAGACAAGGACGUACUGAUUGAAUUUUAUGCUCCGUGGUGUGGUCACUGUAAGAACCUGGAGCCUAAGUAUAAAGAACUCGGAGAGAAGCUUAGCAAAGAUCCAAAUAUUAUCAUAGCCAAGAUGGAUGCCACAGCCAAUGAUGUGCCUUCUCCCUAUGAAGUCAGAGGUUUCCCUACCAUCUACUUCUCUCCAGCCAACAAGAAGCUAAACCCAAAGAAAUAUGAAGGUGGCCGUGAAUUAAGUGAUUUCCUUAGCUACCUACAGCGAGAAGCUACAAACCCACCUGUAGUUCUAGAAGAAAAAUCAAAGAAGAAGAAGAAGGCACAGGAAGAUCUUUAGAGCAGCAGCCAAACGUGACCGCCUUGUGAAAAAAGGACUCUCCUUCCAAAGACUGGAAACCACCAGGGAGGACUGGGACCCAUACGGGAUUAUUACCUCUCAGCCCUGAGAGACAGAUGGAUAUCAUCCUAAAUCCUGUUAAAUUUGGUCUAAACUAUUUCUUAGCUGCACUGUUUAUGGAAAUACCAGGACCAGUUUGUUUGGGGGUGGAGGGAUUAUUUGUUUGGGGGUUGGGAGGGGAUGUUGUGGGAGAGGGAUUGAGUUGGGGGGUAUUUUCUAAUUUUUUUUUUUUUGUACAUUUGGACCGGUGACAAUAAAUGAGCCCCCUUUAAACUGUCUUUUCUCCAUGAAAUGAGAACCACAGGUUCUCUAGAUCUGCACUGUCCAGAGAAACUUUGUGUAAACCUCAUUGUCCAUACUUGUACCUAUUUAGUAUUUGAAAUGUAAUUGGCAUCUAUAUUUUUAAAUUUUCAUUAAAUAGUCGUGUUUAAGGCUA